AUGUAUAUAACCCUCCCCCGCCUCCAUUCUUCUCUAUACCACCACCUUACACCUGAUCCAUACCACUUACCGUGGACGUCAGCUCCACAUCACAGCACCACCAUCGCACCUGUAUUACACUGCCAUCACCAACACGCUCCACCAUCAACACCUUUCUCUUUCCCCUUCCUCGACCAUCGAGAAUCAAAAAUUUGUCUACACAUAUAUGGUUUCAACUCGAUUAAAGCCAUCAAGUCAAAUACAAAUAGAGUAAACUUCUUGCUAAGUUUCAUGGAAGUUAGGAAGGCAACCAUCUUUUCUGUAGAGAAUAAUAGCUCUGGUUGGAUCUAUUGGAUCAUUGUCUUAGUUUACAAAUCUUUUGACUAUUUGGGUAUCAACAACUGUUUCCAAGUAUGCGUCCUGGUGGUGCUCCAAUGUCAAUUUUCUUUAUGCUAA